CUACGAUGUGGUUUGGUCUACCCAGUAGCUGAAUACUGUUCACCCGUCUGGUUAAACAGCGCUCAUGUGUCAAAAAUAGACACCCAACUCAACACUACUAUGAGACUAAUAUCUGGUACAAUAAAAUCGACACCUACCCACUGGCUCCCGACAUUAACAGCAAUUGCCCCUCCACCACUCCGCAGAGCGUACGCCUUAGUUAAAGAGUUCUCAAAAAUAAAUCUCAAUCACGAACUACCCAUUAAUAAUUUUAUUGGUGAUGCGACCAAAACACGAUUAAAGUCCGGAAACCCCCCAUCAAAAACAGCCAAGGACCUAAUCAAUGCAAACUUUGAUAUGAUGAUGAAAUGGAAACAAAUGUGGGCAGCUAUGGUAGAGAAUGAUAACAUCCUAGACAACAUAUUACUAGGACAUAUACCCACAGGAUUUGACCUACAGCGCAAUCUAUGGUGUACACUUAACCGAAUACGAACUUCGCACAGUAGAUGUGCAGUUCCUUACACAAAUGGGGCAUGA